CUUUUCCCUCUCUCGCUCCUUCAGCUCUUUUUUAAUUCGGUGAUAAAUAGCGUAGGAGAGAACUGGUGGGGAACCUCUGUGUGUGUGUGUGUGUGUCUGUCUGUGCCAUGCUCAGCUUACAUUUUAUGUAACUCCUGAGAAAUGCUCAGGCGUGGCCUCGUUUUGCUCUCCUCCAUUUUCCCCCUCGCGGCUCCCUUUCCUUGGCGGAUUGACAAGCUUGAAAAGAGGCCGCGGGGUUUCCCAGAGCGGCCUUUGGACUUCUCGGCUGGCCUCCCCGCGUUCGCCUCUUUCCUUACAAGCGGGACGGAGCGGUAACGAUCGGUCGAGCCCCGAGAUUGGCAACCCGCGUAUUUUUACCACUGAAGUGCAAACACCUCUGAACCCAAAGAGGCAUCGUCCCUGGUGACCGUAGACCUUUUCUCUCCCAAGGCCCCUGGGUAUCUGCAAUAAGUAGUCGAGGAACAGGCCCAGGCCGCGGGCAAAGCAGGAGUUGGAGACGUGGACUUAAUUUCUAAAAAAGACUAACCGCUGAGGGUUUAGGAUUUCGAUAAAAGCUCAGCAAGUCUUCAAUAAAAAUGGCCACCAAUAAAUCUACAUUGCAUAAAAUGGGGAAGAAACAGAAUGGCAAAGGCAAAAAAGUUGAAGAAGCAGAACCUGAAGAAUUCGUUGUGGAAAAAGUCCUGGACCGACGUGUAGUUAAUGGCAAGGUGGAGUACUUCUUAAAAUGGAAGGGAUUUACUGAUGCUGAUAAUACAUGGGAGCCUGAAGAAAAUUUGGAUUGUCCAGAGCUAAUAGAAGCUUUUCUGAAUUCUCAGAAAGCUGGUAAAGAAAAAACAGAAGGUACCAAAAGAAAAUCCCUUUCAGAUAGUGAAUCUGAGGACAGCAAAUCAAAGAAAAAGAGGGAUUCUGUUGAUAAACCCAGGGGAUUUGCACGAGGUCUUGAUCCUGAACGAAUAAUUGGAGCCACAGAUAGCAGUGGGGAACUUAUGUUUCUUAUGAAAUGGAAAGACUCAGAUGAAGCUGACCUGGUAUUAGCCAAAGAAGCUAAUGUGAAAUGUCCUCAGAUUGUAAUUGCUUUUUACGAAGAACGAUUAACUUGGCAUUCUUGCCCAGAGGAUGAAGCACAAUAAUUGUUUGCGUUCUCUCCCUCCUCCCCUUUUUUAUAUAUGUAUGAUUUUGACUUAACAGAUGUGGAAAACUUACCAGUUUGGUUAUUUUUAAGGUAAUGUGUUUUGCAUAAAGAGGAAAGCAGAAGGUUUGUGCUAUUCACUUUGUUUAUUACAGGAAAGCAUUUGAUACUGCUUCCUGCAUAUUAGACGAAGUGUUUUAUAAAACUUGAUAGUUAAUAGUGAUCCUUAAUGGCAAUUUGUUCAGAUUCUCAAGUGUUUUGUAGCUCUCUAUACAACAAACGUGCAUGCAUCUUUUCUGCCAUUUAGUCUGUAAAACCAUUCUUUUUAGUAUUUGUGGCAAAUUGGUUCUAAGGGGACCAGGUGAAAACUUCGUAGUAAUUUGGAAGUGCACACUGUAUAUUACUUACUUUAUUGUACAUACUGGUGAACAGCUAUCAAUAAAAUAGUUUUAUAUUCUUGUGCUUUCUUUGCCAAACUGCAGGAAGCUAAGAGGUUUCGAAGGCUAUUUUGGUAUGGAUAACAUCCACUAAUGGAUAGAGGCAGAGUUUUUUUCCCCAAAGAACUGCUAUAACUAGACAGUUAAAUGAAAUGCAGUUUCUCCCACAGAUGUGCAAAAUAAGAAAUGAGAAAUUGCUCCCAGAAUGCAAAACAAGAGAAAAAUGAACAUAAAACACUCCUGUGGUAUACUGAAUUUUUUUCAGUUUUUAAAAGACUAGUAUCCAGACUUGAUUAUCACCUUUAUAGUACUCAAAGUAUAUGGUUGAGCAAUCAAAUCCUGACUUAAUAUCCUUAAACCCUGUAAUCUAAUGCUUCACAAGUUAAUAAUUUAUUGAUGCCAUAGUCCUGGCUUGUUUAGCAACUAUUACCACUAAUGCCCGAUAUGUACUUCACAUAAAGUUAUUUUAAUUGAUUGUCUGAUAGAUUUAUAUAGCUAGCAAAAUUGAGUGGAACUGCAAAACUGCAGCAAAGAGGACUCUGUGUUGGAAUAUAGAACACAUGCAUAUCAUAAUGGUCAAUUGUUAAGUCACAAUUCGAUCAUUCAAAUAGGGUUACUGUAUGCAUGAUUAAUUUUUAAACACAAGUGCAUGCAAAUAACUAGCAUUUUUUCAUACACAAGUUUUUUAAUGUGCCUAUAAAAAGUAUUGAGGCAACUGCCUUUAAAUUUUUGCUGUAUGUACUGAUUGCACUAGCGAUACCUCUUGAAGCUCUUCAGACAAACGGCCAUAUAGUCCACUCUGUGGAACAGAUUUGUCAACAAGUUAUCACUCACCUCUGGUAUUUUUGGGUCAGUUUAUGGAUUCAUUUGACUUUGGUUAUAUUCUGUGUGGGUGAGCAAUAAGAACUCUUGUCAUGUAUUACUUAAUUGUCAGGUUAGCCUUUUCUAUUAUAGUUGAGUCAGUGAUUCCAUGCAUAUGCUGGGUAAAUAGAAUGGAUUCUUGAAGCUCACCAUAAUCACUUUUUAUUAAAAAAAAAAAGUAUCAACUUCUCUCAUUAAACGGUAAUAACAAUUUCUCUCACUUCUGAAAAUUACUAUAAGAAUAAAUACGGCACCACCCUGAAAGAAUCAGAGUUCUAAACGUGAAAUGAGUUUACUGCCUUUCAAUAAACCUAUUUCCUGACACUU